UUCCAUGACAACAGAGAAGCAAACGUCUGCUUGGAUUGGCUGCUGUUUUAUUGUGUAGUCUCGCGAGCAAACACUAUUUUUAACACCCGCGAGGAUUAACAAAUACAGUACAUGGAUGGACAUUACACCAACCCUGAUUAUUGUCCAACAUGUCAGUGAAAGAAUAUUGCGGUUUGUUUCAAGAGAACGUAUAAAAAGAUGACAUCUGCUGAUUUGGCGAGAUUGAGCGUGAGUUUAUCCGAUGUUAGGCUAGCGUCAUCUGGUUGUGGCGUUAGCUCAUUCCACGAUGCAUACAAGUUUUCGGGCCAACCACCCGGUCUCGCUCACAACAAUGUAGCGGACUUGAAUCUUAAGGAGCAUUUUUUUGGGCUGAUUCAGAAAGAUACAAAGUUGGGUUUGCAAUGGAUGAAAACAAUUUCGACGUACUGAAAGACCCUGGUGGAAAGCCUGGUCGAGCAGAGAAAUCCGGAUCAUUCACUCCAGAAGAGAAGAAGGUGUGCACGUCCUGUACAGCAGAAGAAGAUCUCAACGCUAAUGGGUCUUGGUCACAGAGGACCAUCUCUCGUUUACUCAAAAGCACCUUAAAUCCUCGUAUGAAGUGGCUCUUACCUGGUCAUAGUCAAGAUGAUUAUGAGGAUGAAGGGGAAGAAGAAGGAAACUUUGUCGUGGCCUGCAACCUGGUGUCCAGAUCAUCUGUCCGUAUCUUGCGUUUGCAAAAUGCUCUUCUGAGUAUGUCAAUGCAGUGGCAGCAUGUCAGCGGGGCACAAAUGGGUUAUCCUAAGAUCUGUGUCAAGGGCAAGACUGUGUCAGGUGAUGGUCUUCUCCUCGUGCCUGCCUUGCCCUUCUUGAGUAAGCAUUACCGAGCUCUGUGGAGCCUCUUGGAGCAGAGAUCUCUGCUGCUUUUUAUUCACGAGUACACCAGGAGGGCUCAUUUAACUGCUGUAUACAUCUCUAACCUGGGCCGCCUGCUUGAGGAUCUCUUGAGGAAGUCGCACAUCUCAUCUAACCCAACCCCACACCUCUGCUCAUCAGCCAAGGUUCAGCUUGUCUCCUUGUGCCAGGAGUUUCGCAUUCAUGUCAACCACUGGCCUUGUCUAUAUGCAAAAGUCCAGUCUGAUCACUAUCUCAGGCACGCUCUGGCCCAGCAGAACAAGUUGCUGGACGAUAUUAGACAGACUCUUGACUUGCUGAGCCUGCAAGUGAUGGUUUUAAUGGGACGUUAUGUGCAAGCUGUUUUGGAUGCUAUGGGGCAGUCCAAUUUGGACCACGUACCAAGGGAAGUCAUGGCAGACAUUUUAGAAUGUAUAGAACUCUAUAACACGGCACUGGAGGAGCAGAGAACACAGCACAACACCACCCAUCUGGGGACUCAAGUAUUCCAGCAGAUUUGUUGUACCCCACUGACAAACAGUCAGAGGCAUCAACCUGCUGCUGUCUCAGUUAAAGACCUGCUGAGUAUUUUGGCAGCGCAUCAUGCAAACACGGCAGCCAAUCAGCUCCAAUCGUGGACCGCUCAGCAAUGCGUGUGUCAAUCCCCCACCAAGCAGGACAUUUCUGCCAGGUUGCUGUCCAGCUUCCCCCCAACGUUAAUUUGGCAGCAGCAGCAGGAUAAGUUCUCAAAAUCGCACUCCUCUUUUCAUACUUGUCACAUUCACACUCCCAAACUUCACUUGGAAAGUACCAACGAUGAACUUCAUUCAGAUUUAGAAAAGGUGACGUCCUCCCCAAUAAAAGAUACAAAUCGGAAUAACUUACCUUUUCAGUGCCAAAAACAUGCCUCCAACACCGGUCCGGUCCGGGCAGAUCUAGAAGAUGACAGCCCUGCAAGAAACUUUCAACAUUUGCAGAAGUCAAGUCAACCCUCCACCUUUCAGCAUUUGACAACCAACCCCCUGCCAGACUUUUGCCAACAGGAUCAGUCCAAAGUUGAGCUUCUAUUUCAUGUGCUUGUUUCCUCUUAUGACAUGCUAGCUCCACUGCGAUCACAUCCUUUGACACCCACUAUACAACUGUUUCCUCACAACAUAAAAAUUGACAUGCUCCCACCAAAUGGGAAGGCUGAUCCAAACCAAAGCAGCAGCGACUGUGCAAUGGAGGGAACCCACCUGGGUGUUGUUGACACAACAGGCACGCUUGAUCCCAGCUCAGAUUCUGGACAGCGGGGUUUGGAGGUGGCUGUAGAAGAUGUAAAAAAAAACAAGGAUGAAUGUGCUCGCCGGCCUCGUUCCGUUCAGUGGUUGGACCUCGGGCAGUCAAUGCUGUUUGAUGAUCUGUUUGGAGAGUACCGUGCACUGCUGUGGGCUCGCUGCAGCAAAGCACUGUGGCUGCAGAUGCAUGUGCCACAUGGGGCAAGGAGUACUGGGAGCAUCAAUCUCCAUGACAACCACAGGAUCCUCCAAGUCCUUCAGCAAAUGAGCCAUGCCUCAAACAUGGAGAUACUUCCAAAGGAGUGCAAAGCCAUGCUGGAGGAGUUCAAUCUAAAUAUGUUAGUCAGUGCAACACAUGCUCUUUGGGACAAUGUGGUGUGCAGAGGUUUGGGUGCAACUUUGAAAGACAAGUGUCUGGCAGCUGCAAACCAACACAGAAGUGCUUUUGCGCCUUCCUCUAAUCCAGAUGAGACUGUGAUGAUGUCUCUGACUGCAGAGUACUUCCUCCAGCUCACUCAGCCUCUACUGUCCUCGCUCUCUUACUGCAACGCAUCAGGUUCUUUGAGGUUCUUGCCAACAUGGCUCGCUUUCCACCGAUGGACAGUUAGCUUGACGUUAGCCACGGUGCAAAUGUCCACAGUGUGGGUCACGUCAAAGGCAUACCAGUUCCUCUCCUCGUGGAGCCUCAACAAGUUCUUACUCAUCACGCAAGGAGACCUGGAAGUGCUGAAAGAGUCGUUGGACAAUUUGGUGCAACAGACAAAAUCGUUGAUGAUAAACUCCGACAGUAAUUGUCUUUCCACUCUUCCUACGCAUAAUCAAUGUGUACUGAAGCAGCAACUCCAAAUGGUUGAAGUGGCUUUCUCCGAGCUGCAGGGUUUUUCUUCUCUGGUACUAAAAACCUUUUCUAAUGACUGCAAAAGGAUAUCUGCCGAUCUCUUUGAGCGGACCAUGCCCUCUGGUGGACACUGGAGACUCAACCCCAGACCAGGCUUUCCUACCAGCCCCAGUGAGUAUGCAUCACUGGCUGCUCAGAAUGUGAUCGGUCAGGUUUUGGAUGGUGUGGCAUUACUGUCUGAUGAUGUCCGCAUCCAGGCUCUUAGUUUAACCAUGACAGCUUUCAUGGAGUCAUGGAUGGAACAUAUCCUGAAGCAACAAAUCAAAUUCAGUGUGCAAGGAGCGCUCCAACUAAAGCAGGACUUUGAUUCCAUCAAAGAAUUGAUCUGCUCUGACCAAUACGGCCUGCCAGAGGAACUCCUCCAGCGACUACUCAGCCUUAGAGUAUUUCAACAGGUGGACUCUGCAGUCUUAUGCCUGCUUCAGCAGCCACAGGUCAGACCAUAUCUGCAGAGCAGAGCCUGGGAGUCUUUCAUACGCUGCUGUCCCACUAAGAGCAGUCGAAACAGCUUGAGUGCAGAGGUGGGGGCCAGCAUAAUCAAUCUGAGGGGUAUGGAAGGAGACGACGUGACCCAGUCUAAUCCUUCCGUUCGCAGCACUGACAUUCCUUCAGUUGACCCCUUUAUCCCAGGAGAGCCCUACCUUGCGCCAAGUAUAGCUCUGGGUGCUUCUCAACAAGACUGGUUGGACUUGAGGAUCCAUACCAGUUCUCACCGCUGGCGGUUGCCCGGACUGCAGUGUCUUUCCAAAUCUGAACCCUGAUCAGCAAACACUGAACUUAAUCUCUUUUUUUUUCACAGAGCUCCACUUGAUUUAAUGGAACACUGUAUUUUACCAGUAAUAAAAUGUUUUGAAAGUUAUUUUGAAAUAAUGUGAUAAAUCAUACAGUCGUAAAACAAGUUGUUUGGUAAGGGUUUGGCUGAACCAUAAACAAACAUUUCAAAUUA